AUGGUGUUUGUUUUAGGAAGAGACAAAAAACGCUUGAGCAUCUACAAAACAUCAGGUGAAGGGCAAACCCAAUUCAAUCUUGCUGCUCGCCUCACUGGUCUUGAUCCUAAUAAUCUCAGUGAUAAAGCUCUCUCUCGUCUUCUCGGUGAUAUCGAUCUUCAUAAUCUCACUGAUACUGAUGCUGUCCUUCUUGAUGAGCUUCUUGGCUUUGAGGCUCAAUACAUCAAACACGGUGAUGUUGAUCUUCAUAAUCUUACUACUACCAAUGCUGUCCUUCCUGGUUUUGAGGCUCAACGCAUUAGACACGGCGAUAUCAACGACGAAGUUCGAAUGGUUCUCAUGGGUGCCACCGGCAAUGGUAAGGAAUACACACGGUUUUGA